GCCCGGGGCCAGUUUCAUUUGCAGUGUGAACAUGGAAGCACCUCGCCAAGUACAACAGCAACUUCCUGCUCGAGGAAGAGGAGGAAGAAGAAGAGGAAGAGGAGGAGUGAGAAUGCGUGGAGGAAUAGGGGGAAGAGGCCGAGGAGCACGGAGGCACCAUGAUGUCCCAGAUGAAAUCCGGGCCACCCUUAUUGACCACGUUAUAAACCAUCGCCUCACAAUGGCAGAGGCAGGUCGCCGAGUGCAGCCUAAUGUGCCUCGGUCUACAGUCUCCUCCAUCAUCCAAACCUUUCGCAGGGAAAACAGGAUUGGACGACAGCCUCAAGUGGGUGGCAGAAGAAAACUUCUAAAUGAACAACAAGAACGAGAAAUAUGCAACAUGGUCAUUGCAAAUAAUGCCAUCACACUGAGACAGAUUCGUAAUGCAAUCCUGCUAGACAAUGUAAUGUUCCAAAAUAUAAACUCUAUCAGCAUCUCCACAAUAGACCGGGUAUUGAAGAAACAUCAGAUGACCAUGAAACAGAUUUACAGGGUACCAUUUGAGAGAAACUCUGACAGAGUGAAAGGGCUGCGGUACCAGUAUGUGCAUAGAAUAAUGGCAUUAGAAGGCAUCGAAACCCCUCACAUCCUAGUGUUCGUUGAUGAAGCUGGCUUCAACCUGGCCAAAGGUCGAAGGCGUGGCCGUAACAUCAUUGGCCACCGAGCCACUGUGGAUGUCCCAGGCCAGCGAGGAGCAAAUAUAACAAUGUGUGCCGCUAUAUCAGAAAGAGGUGUGGCCACACACAUUCCCAGUUUAGGGCCCUACAAUACACAAAAGCUCCUCAAUUUUUUGGACCACCUUUAUACUGAUCUGAUCCCAGAAAAUGAGAGAGGUGUAGAAGGACCUCAGCUACCACAUUAUGUCAUUGUGUGGGAUAAUGUGAACUUCCACCAUGCCCACGCAUCAGAACCUGGUUCACCACCCAUCCCGGAUGCUAAUGGAGUUUCUUCCACCUUACUCUCCUUUCCUAAAUCCAAUUGA